AUGAGCAUCUUCGUGAUCAUGAGUUUAUUGGUCUCAAUACCACUGUGCCAAACAGCAUCGUUCGUAUGUGAUAAAAAUCUUGUUCCAUGUGGUUGUGGACCAGUAUCCGUUGGAAUCAAUGCACGAAUUGUCAAUGGUGAAAACGCGAUACAAAAUAGUUGGUCAAUGAUCGCUUCGUUAAGAUACGACGCAUCUAUGUCCUAUCACAUAUGCGGAGGAACCAUUCUCAAUGAAUAUCAUGUUCUCACAGCAGCUCAUUGUGUCGAUCCAUCGGUCGUUGGGAUUACCUUUAAGAAUAUGUCUGUUGCUUUCGGACUAUUUCAAUUAUCUCAAACAAAUGGAAUUAUCCGUAAAAUUAACCAAGUAUUUAUUCAUCCAUUGUGGAACUCAAAUGCACGUUAUAUUGCGAAUGACAUUGCGAUUCUUCGUUUGAAUCAAUCAAUUAAUUUAGAUCGAAAUUCAUCGUUAACACGAACAUGUCUUCCCGUGCGUUUAAACGAUUCGGAAGAAAUGCUCAUGUACCCACCGAAUAAUACAGAUCUAGUCGUUAUCGGAUGGGGUCUGCUCAAUACAUCAGGUAGUAUCUCGGAUGUUUUACAGCAAGUUACUAUUAAAUUAAUUGACCAACGAGAUAGAAUUUGUGCAAGCACAACCUUUGAUCCAUCAAGUCAAUUUUGCGCUGGUUUAGAUCAAGGCGGAAAAGGACCAUGUUAUGGUGAUUCAGGUGGACCGAUAUUUCAAUGGAUCGGCGAUCGUUGGCAACAAGUUGGUAUUGUUUCCUACGGCGAGAUGGGUUGUGCAGUAAAAGGCUAUCCAAGUGUCUUCACGCGAAUAAAUUACUUCCUUGAUUGGAUUCAAUUCACUAUUCAAUUAAAUAAUACUAAUCAAACAACUCUACCGGUUAAUACAACACAGAAAACUAUCUAUCAAUGCUGGUCGGAAUAUUUCGCAUGUGGUUGUUCUCGUCGAAAUGUUAUUUUAUCUUCAAAUCAAAAUGCUUUACCGUACAGUUGGUCAAUGGUGGUCGCUAUUUAUAUUCAGAAUAAAUAUGUAUGCACUGGAACGAUCCUCGACGAUUAUUUUAUCUUAACAACAGCGAACUGUGUGAAGAGCUCAUUGCCGAGAAGUAUAACCAUUCAUGCCGGUAUUUAUUAUCAAACAGAAGCCGACGCAGUCAUUCGACAAGUUGAUCAAAUUUCUAUCCAUCCGAACUAUAAUUUCAAUCUUCAUGAUAUCGCAGUUUUACGUUUAUCAGAAUCGUUAAACAUAGAAGAGAAUAUUUUUCUUUCAAAAACGUGUUUGUCUUCAACAACUGAUCAAUUUAAUUUACACUCAGUUGUCGUCAGUGGAUGGAAUGUGAUGUUUCUAUCUGAAAUUUUACAACAAGUGCAACUCACUACAGUGGAUAGGAAUGAUCCUAACUGUUCUCUUCCAAUCGAUCAACAACAAUAUCAAUUUUGUGUCGGUCAAAAUCUUUGUGUAGGAAGUAAUUAUAGUAAUCCGAUGUUUGUUUUUGAUGGAUAUCAUUGGAUACAAGUCGGUCUUUCAUCAUAUUGUAAAGUAUCGAAUACUAUGGGUGUUUUUACACGAUUGGACGUAUAUUAUGACUGGAUAUGGUCAAUUGUUGAUUCACAUCAACUAGAACGAUCAACGGUUUAUUAUUGUGAUAAAAGAAGUUCAUGUGGUUGUGGAGAAAAUGACGUCCGUGCUGAGCUGGAUGCUGAAAAUGCCGUUGUAAAUAGUUGGUCAAUGAUUGUUUCAAUUCGAGUUUACGAUAUUCAUGUUUGUUCAGGAACCAUCUUAUCGGAUUUAUUUAUUUUAACAUCUGCUCGAUGUACGGAGAUACUGUUGUAUUAUAAUGAUACGAGUAUUGUCACUGACAUUUAUCGGCUUUCUGCAAGUGUGAAAAUAAUCCGACGUAUAAAAAAAUUCUCUAUUCAUCCGAAUUAUGUUUUCAAUGAUGAGAAUUCAUUUUAUGAUAUCGCUAUUCUUCGUUUGGAUCUGGCACUUCCGUUGAAUAAUCAUUCACUAUCACUGAGAAAAAUAUGUGUAUCGAACACGACCAAUGAAGACUUACAAGAAAAUUCAGUUUUGUUUAUGAUCGGAUGGGGAAGUCUGAGAAGAGAAGAUGCUCUUCAGCAAGUGUCUACUAAGCUGAUUAAAAGUCAAAAUCAAUUUUGUGGAAAUAUUUUUGUUAAUGAGACUUAUCAAUUUUGUCUUAGAUCUUCAGACAAUAACACUGAUAUCUACUCGAAUGAUUUAUGCUACGGUGAUGUAGGUAGUCCAAUUUUAAUAUAUAAAAACAAUCAUUGGGAACAAAUUGGAAUUGUUCCAUAUAAAUAUUAUUGUGCGUCUGUUGGAUACCCAGAUGUUUAUCUGCGAUUGUCGUCACAUAUCGAAUGGAUACAGAAUGAUGCGAUCAUCUUCGCCGGCGAUAUUCGAUUCAAUAUUGAUCCACUUGGGCAUUAUAGUGAUAUGGAGAUAUGGUCAGUGUUAGAAUCGGUGCAUUUAAAAGAACGGAUAAUGAGUAGAGGUGAUGGAUUGACGUAUAUGUUGGUCGAGGGAGGUCAGAAUAUGAGUGCGGGUGAAAGGCAAUUGUUGUGUUUAGCACGAGCGCUUUUGAGAAAGAGUAAAAUAUUUAUACUUGAUGAAGCAACUGCUGCGAUCGAUAUGGAAACAGAUCGUCUGAUUCAACGAACAAUUCGAUCAGCAUUGAAAAAUGCAACUGUUAUAACAAUUGCUCAUCGACUACAUACAAUUUUGGACAGCUCAAAAAUUCUCGUCUUAUCCGACGGUUCAAUGCAAGAAUAUGAUCAACCGGUUCGUUUAGCAACAGAUCCCAAUUCAGCAUUUGCUAAACUAUUACGCGAUGCAAAUAUUCAUCCGCACGACAUCAGUUCUGUUCUCACGACUACUUAG